AUGUCAGCAGCCGCAGUCAAUGGCUCCGACGCCAAUCGGUCAUCCUCCACGAACUCGCCGGCACCGAAGCAGCAGUUCAAAAGUGGUACUAAUGCUGGGAAAGCUUUGGAUGGGGCGCGUAAGCAGAAUGGUAGCCCUGUGGAUGGUCAGAACAGGAAACAGCAACAGUCUUCGCAACCAAAGGCGUGGCAGGGCACAAAUCCUAUCACUCAACCACGGACCUCUUCCGGCAUGACCAACGGUACCGAGAAACCACUGCUCAAGCUACCGCAGCAGGCCCAGCAAGCACCGCCGACCAGCCGAGCCGACUCGCCCGCUGAGAAGCACGCACACGACCGAUUACUGUUCGCGGUCGCAAAUUGCAUAGGUCUCGACGCAACGCUUACACUGAAGAACGGCGAGCAGUUCACUGGUGUCCUUGCUGGUGCGACCUUCGAUUCGUCGUCGAAGAGUAAGUACGUUUUGAAGAUGGUGAAGCAGACUCAGGCACAGGGCGAAGCACAUAUGAACGGAGACACAAGCAGUAACGAUGAAUACAUUGGUGAAGGAGAAGACCACGUCAUGUCCUUUGACGUGCAAGAUACUACCUCGCUGGUUGUAGACGAUGUGGUUACGACUGGCUCACAGCCACAGCAGAAUGGCACAGCACACUCGUCCUUCCUCACAGAUACGCAGAUCUCGGGCAGAGAACCAACAAUGCCACGCGAGCGUGAGCUUCAGAGGUGGGACGCUAGUGCCGAUACUGAUGUCGACCUGUCACUCGAUGCUGGCGGUCAGACUGGCUGGGAUCAAUUCGCGGUUAACGAGCAGAUGUAUGGCGUGCAGGACACAUACGAUGAGAACAUCUACACGACUGCCAUCGACAGGAGCGAUCCGCGAUUCCGGCAAAAGGAGGCAGAAGCUGCCAAGAUAGCUAGAGAGAUCGAAGGAUCAUCUGCUGGCAACGCACAUGUCGCUGAGGAGCGAAGAGCAGAUGCGGACAAGGAUGAUGGUUUGGACGAGGAGGAGAAGUACUCUGGAGUGCGCAGGGAGCCAUCUGUGCAACUUCCGAAGCGAAGCACUGGUGCAUAUGUUCCUCCAUCGCAGAGACCCAUCACUGGAGCACCGACCGUCCAGGGAGCACCUUUCGAUCCAGCCAUCAUCUCUGUUGCCAGACCUGUACCUGCGGCACCAGCACAACCAGAGAUCAACGAGCCCACUGCUCUGCCAGAGCGUACUAAGCCGGCUGAAGCCGAGACUACAAGCAGAGACACUUCGGUCCCAGCGGCAGCAUCUCAGACGCCUAGGGUACAAGCAGAUCAGGCUGAAGAUCACGUACGCAAGACUGCGGAUGCAUUCAAGCAGUUUGCCAAUCUCGAAAAGCUCAAGGCUCGACAAGCACAGGAACAAAAGCGUGCGGGAGCUCGGCAAGAGAAGAAUGUGAAGCUCAACGAUCUUAAGAAGUUUGCUGCCAACUUCAAGCUGAACAGCCGUGUGCCUGACGACCUCGUUCCGAUACUGGCAAAGGAUCGCGAGAAGCAGCAAGAGAUUCAGCGCAAGGCCGAAGAGGCGGCGAAGGAGCAUGAAGUCACUGCUGAAGAUCGCAAGAAGAGGUUGUCAGCCGGUGCCACACCACCAGCGCCAGCCAGCAUAACGCCUCAGAUGAAUGCAGGGCCAACGCCCGAGCAGCGGACACCCUUCAACCAACACUCCCGACCGCGGGCAUCCCAGCAUAUGCGUGGCGGUCCGAGCAUGUCUAACCAGACACAAUCACCUCGGGCGCCUGCAGGACAAGGCCGUGGCAAUCAAGGUUAUGGUCGUGGUGGGAUGGUACCCAUUCAACCACUUGGCGAUAUACGCAUCCCAUCAGGCCCUGCACUUUCUGCAGAUCGAGCACCUCUAAGCCCGUCGUCUGCCAAUCGCCUCAACAUCAACGCGACCGAGUUCAGGCCUACUGCAUCCACUUUCACACCAUCGGGCACUACACCAUCGCCACAACGGAAGAUGAGCAAGCAGGAGUCAGCGGCAGAACCAUCUGCUCACUUCUUCGGCAAAGAAGGGAAGGCGUCGACUCUGUCAGAUCGUGGGGAUAUCGAGGCCACAUUCGAAAGCAUAGACGACAUGCUCAGCGCGCUCGACACUCUCAACGAGCAGCAGAAGCAGAUGUAUGCAGGCAACGGCGGCAUCCCCCAGCCCUACCGAACGCCACCCACCUGGCCAGGUGUGGACUCUCUCACAUACAAAGACGACUUCUCAAAGCGAUACCCAUCAAGCCAAGGUCCCUCACCUAUGCACACUCCCGGCCCACAUGGCCCACCAAUGGCCCAUCAGCUUCCGCAGCACAUGCAAGGCCAGCACAUGACGCCCCCCACUCAUCGCCAGCAAUACUACCAGCAACAGCAGCAGGGCCCGCACAUGCCCGCCUUCGACCCUCGGAUGCAACAAUUCGGCCCUAACGGCUCCGUGCAGAACUCUCCUCGUUUCAAUCCGGCGCAGAUGGCUUAUCCGGGCCAGAUGCAGCAUAUGCCCAUGCCGCAGUUCGCCGGUCAGCCGAUGCAGGGCCAGUAUGGGAUGAGUCCUUCCAUGCAACACCGGCCUAUGCCGGGGAUGCAGCAGGGUGGGCCACAGCAGAUGAUGAUGGGUGGCGGUAUGCUGGGCCAACAAUAUGGGCAGCAAGUGCCGCAAAAUCAACGAGGAUACCCUCAAGCCGGUGGCCCGCCUUUUGGGAACCAGCAGAUGGCGCCGAUGAUGAUGCAUAACCCGUCUCAAGGAGGCGGCUACAUGAACGGACCCGCCAUGCAGCAGCAGCAGCAGCAACAUCAAUCCUACUCGCCUAUGCCUCCCCACGCUCAACCGAAUAUGCCUGGACAUCCUGGCCAUGGCACUCCUGGUCCAGGGGGUUAUAACGCUAGUCCCCGCCCGCCUAUGAUGACGCCGCAGGGAAGCCAUCAGGGAUUCAAUCCGCAGAUGCAUGGGAUCCCGCAGCCGCAGUUUGGAAGCCAUGGUCCUGUGCCGCCGGGUCAGGGUCAGAGUCAGGGUCAGCCGCAUCCGAUGCAUAUGCAGCAGAGGCAGUUGAGCUCGGGUUACAUGCCCGGUGGGGGUGGAGGUGGGUAUCCGCAGGCUACGCCUAGACAGCAGCAGGCUGUGCCGAGUAUGCAGAUGGGUGGGGUUGGGAGUCCGGGGAUGGGCGGAGGGCCGGGUUUGCAGCACGGGGAGGAAGGGAAGGGGGGUUGA